AUGUCAUAUCCCGCCCCUCCAGGUCUGAAAUCUUCCACCACGCAACCUCCUGCCUCGCUUCCCGCUCGACCUCCUCCUUCGUCAGUCAGCCCUGCGCCGACCUUCAAGUCAAAUAGCGCGGCCAAACCAGCCUUCACAGCUUUUGCCCCUAGAUCAGUUGUGUCAGCAAGCACAUCUCGAACCAAUAGUCCAGCACAGUACUCCGCUGCCCCUAUCACAAAUUACAGUGCCUCGACGGGCUAUCCCCAAACACAAUCCAAUUACGCUACCCAGCCUCAGUAUGACAGUUCAUACUUAGCGGCACCUCAAAUUCGCAACCCAUUCGUUCCCACAUCAGAGACAUCUUCUUACCCUCCAGGAUACGACCCUGAUUAUGAGGCGCAGGUUCAGCAAUGGCAAAGUGCUUACCUGACAAAAGAUAGUGGGCCGGGUUCUAGCACCACGAUCCGACCGCCAAUAACAAACAUAGUGCCAGCCGUCAGCAACGCAAAGACAGAGCCCAUCCCUCAUAACGAAGCCGGAAACAAAACGGUCCAGCGAUCGGGAGGAGGCACAACAUGGACCGAUCCUACCCUUUUAGAAUGGGAUCCUGCGCAUUUCCGGAUCUUCGUAGGGAAUCUCGCCGGCGAAGUGACAGAUGAAUCCCUCCUCAAGGCAUUCUCUCAGUAUCCAUCUGUGCAGAAAGCCCGGGUCAUCCGAGAUAAGCGGACUACGAAAUCUAAGGGUUACGGUUUCGUCAGUUUUUCUGAUGGCGACGAUUACUUCCGAGCUGCGAGGGAACAGAAUGGAAAGUACGUGGGAAGUCACCCGAUCGUGGUGAAAAAGGCGGUCACCGAUGUGCGCCCAACGAUACAAAAACAGAACAACCACAAAGGCAAAGGGAAAGGUGGCCAUGGCAAGGUUGAGCAUGGUGGCGUCAACAAGAAGCAACCAAAGACGAAAGGCGGCUUGAAGGUUUUGGGUUGA